AUGUCCACAAAAAAGUGUAUUAUAAAGUACAUCAUUCAUCUAUGUCUAAUGAUUGUACAGUCGAUGAUCAUGACCCUAAUAGUGGCCAACAUAACAGUGCUCAGGAAUGUGUUGCAGUGCUUUUUCUAUCCAUUUGUUGUUAUUCUGUUUUUAGGAGCGAUCCUCAUAGCAGUGUUGAUUUUUGUUCACAAAUUGGAAGACAUCUUCCCAGUAGACUAUAUGGCCGCUCUGAGUGUAAUAGCCACAUCAUCUGGUCUCGCUGUGGUAACAUGGAAUUUAAAAUUGUGGGUUCUGUUAUCAUGGUUGCUGACUAUCUUUCUGGCUGCGAUAACAGUCACACUAGGAUACCUAAUGAAACGCCUGAGUGAGAAAUGGUUCUAUAUUGUGAAUUACGUGAUAUCUGGAUUGAUGCUUGUCAGUGCUUUUAUGUUUGUCAUACUUUAUUCUCUUAUACAUCGAAAUGAUACCGAUACAGUCUUUGGUGUACUACUGGCACUCAGUUUACUACUGGCAUUAUUUCUUAAUGGACAAAGUCUGAAACACUGCGAUGAUUCGAUGGCGAAUUCUUUCCUACCAGUCAGACUGGCUCUGGCUACUUGGUCAUUGAUGGCUUUGCUAUAUCUGUUCAUAUCACUUAGCACUCAGCAAGAUAUUCUACCGACAUGCUUACUGAAACUGUGA